ACGAGAAUAUAGACCUCUAUAGACCUCCUCUCCUCAGUCCUGUCCACGGUUCUUCUCAUUCUCUUCUAAUCACACUUCAAAGCUCCUCAGCGUCGCUUAAAGCUCUCCACCCCGCUGCGAUGUUGGAGAAUCGAUGAUGUCACCGUGAGAAUGUAGGAAGAUGACCAGGCAAGAGUCCUUUGAGGUCUUUAAUGUGGUCUAAUGAAAUUACUUGAUGUACAUGUGGCAGUGAGCCACAUCAAACCUUCUGCAGGGAAGGUACUAGACCUCCAGGACCAUCUCACAGCUCUCAAGAACCUCAACCAGUGUCAACAUGAACCUACAAACACAUAGUUUGUCUCCAGAGAACCUGGAGGAGACAAUCAGUGACCUCAGUGAGGCGCUGUGUGAGGCCAUCUCAGAGAUCAGGUCUCUGACCAUUGAAAUCAGGACACUUAGACACGAGGUGGACCAGGUGAAGCUGGAGCAAAAGAAAAGGCGGUCCACUCCCCUCAAACCUUCUACUCCAGCAGUGUCCUCCUCUCCUGCUUCUUCUGUCCACAGUCUACAUAAAAAGAUGACGCCAGAGAAAAGACGAGGAGAGAAAGUGGAGAAAAAAGCCACACCUGCAAGUCAAGAAGAUGUCGAGAUGAACGGGUCUCAGCUGGAGCUGCGUGUCGGACAAAUCAUUUUGGCGGAGAAGCAUCCCGACGCUGACCGGCUCGUUGCGGUCAAGGUGGACGUCGGACAGGCCUUGCCCAGGACUGUGGUGAGUGGUCUGCUCAAGCAGGUUCCUCUGCAGCACAUGCAGAACCGCAUGGUGGUCCUGCUGUGCAACCUGAGGCCGGCCAAGAUCCGGGGCGUCCUGUCCCAGGCCAUGGUCAUGUGUGUUACCUCAGCGGACAAGGUGGAGAUCCUGGAUCCUCCGGGAGGAGCAGAGCCGGGCGACAGAGUCACGUUCCUGGGCUUCCUGCACGAACCAGAGAAAGAGCUCCACGCCAAGAAGAAGGAGCAGGUUCUACGAGACCUCCACACAGACGCUCAGUGUGUCGCCACCUACAGGGGAGCUGCGUUUUACGUCAACGGCAAAGGAUUGUGCCGAGCGCAGACCCUGAGCAACUGUAGAAUCAAAUAAAUGUUCAUGUGAAUACUAUUUAUAUAUAUAUAUAUACAUACACAUGCAUAUAUACUAAGAUUUGUUUAAUGAAGCAAAUGAAGCAAACAUUAAAGCAAACACUCAUUAAUGUCAUAUUUUAAUUUCACAUUGUACAUUCUCUGUAAAUAUUGCGACUAAAUUAAAUUCACGUGUUUUUUUGUUGAAUAUAAACCUAAAUGAACAUGAUACAAUUGUGUUUUAUUACAUAUAUACUUCUGUGUUGCCAAUGAUAUUGUGUGUCAUUUAAAUGAACGUGUGAUUUUAUUAAAUGAAAAUAAAAACGUUAAAAUUGAGCUUUGGUCUUUUUUUAUCC